AUGACUAAGGGAUUUUUAACAAAGGCUCGUGAACUCAACACCCUUUACGAUGUUGAAUUGACUACCUUAGUCAAUAGCGAUUAUCAUGAUGCACCAGAGGUGUUUCCAAAUCAUGAAGUUGCUACAAGCCUCUUUACAAAGUUUAUUGAUCUUCCAGAGGAGAAGAGAUCAAAAAACAUGAAAACAUAUGAAAUGAUAACUGAGAAAAGGAUCGAGAAAAUUGAGAAGGAACUUGAGAAGGUAAGGAUGGAAAACAAGAAAAUGGAGUAUACAAACCAGAUGUAUGGAUUGUUGAAUGGUGAAGAGAUGCCCAAUAAUAGGCUCCCAGAAUAUUUCAACGAUCUCUGUUAUGUGAUUAAUAAGCACCUCAAGCUGAUAAAUGAUGGGAUCAAAGUAAAAACUAACAAAGAAGGUUCGACAUCAAAUGCUCCUCUACCUAUUGAUGCACCGAUCAAUUCUGGUGGGACCAGCUUCGACAUGCAGUGGGAUCCUCUUCUGGUCCAAAUUGAUUCUCCAGUACUAUCCAAGAUUCCUCUUUUGGUUUCAUCUACUAUACCUAGUGGGAUCAACUUUGACGGGCCAAGGGCUCCUCUUAAUCUAAGUCCACCAUCGAUGAUUCCUUCAAAUGCUCCUUCUCAAAUGCUACAAUUCAUGUUCCCUUUGAACAAUCCUUCUCGAAUGGUUCCACAUGUGGAUCUUUCACGGGUUCCUUUUUUGUUAUCUUCACAAAGGUAUCCUUAA